UCUCAUCAUUUGCAAGGUAACGCCUGGCAGCGAGAGAGAACUCAGUAGUGCUAAUGAGACAGAGCUGCAAUGUGUGAUAGAGAGAGAGAGAGCAGGUUGUUACCGGUACCUCAGAUGUACAGUCUUCUCAUCUCUAUGGAACGUGUAUCUAGCCCCCACUAGGACUUACAGCAGCAGUGGAUUGGAGACCUUUGUCAGCACAACAGAUCCUUUCUAACCCGGAGAACCAAAGCGUGGCCCGAAUACCCGGCAAAGCUUGGGGAUCUAGUGAGUGAAUCCUGCCACAGUAGUCCUGAUCGCAGCUCCUCCAGCUGGGUCCAUGUCGGAACUCGAUGAUUUUGCAGACUUAGCUGGCCCCUGGAACUCAUCCGACCUCAGUCUCUUCAAUCCAGCCAGCGUGGUGGUCCCAGUUAUCUUCUCCCUCAUCUUCCUGCUGGGCACGGUGGGGAACAGCCUGGUCCUAGCUGUGCUUCUUCGGAGUGGCCAAAGGACGCACAACACCACAAACCUCUUUAUCCUCAACCUCAGCGUAGCAGAUGUCUCCUUCAUCAUCUUCUGUGUACCAUUCCAGGCCACCAUCUACUCCCUGGAAAACUGGGUCUUCGGGGCAUUUAUGUGCAAAGCUGUCCACUUCUUCAUCUACUUGACCAUGUAUGCAAGCAGCUUCACCCUGGCAGCAGUGUCUGUUGACAGAUAUCUUGCUAUCCGUUAUCCUCUGCGCUCUCGGGAACUAAGGACGCCGUGCAAUGCAGUAGCCACCAUGGCCAUAAUAUGGGGACUCUCUGUGGUCUUUGCAGGGCCCUAUUUAAGCUACUAUGAUCUCAUGGACUUUGAGACCAGCCACAUUUGCAUGCCAGGGUGGAAAGAGAAGACUCGCAAAAUUAUGGACACUGGCACCUUCAUUGUAGGGUAUGUCAUCCCUGUGCUUAUAGUAAGUCUGUCUUACACCAGGACCAUUAAGUAUCUGUGGACUGCUGUUGAUCCUCUGGAAGACAUGUCAGAGUCUAAAAAAGCUAAGAGAAAAGUGACCAAGAUGAUCAUUAUUGUGACCGUCCUCUUCUGCCUGUGCUGGCUUCCUCACCAUGUCGUGGUUAUGUGCUACCUUUAUGGUGACUUUCCAUUUAACCAAGCCACGUAUGCCUUCCGACUGCUUUCUCACUGCAUGGCCUAUGCCAACUCUUGCCUAAACCCCAUCGUUUACGCUUUAGUGUCCAAACACUUCCGGAAAGGGUUCCAGAAAGUAUUCAGCUGCCUCUUGAGGAAGAAGGGUCGAAACAAGGUACACGUGGUUAAUACUGCCAACAUUGAACCCGGGUUUGACGCCGCUUCCACAGAAGUCUCCCACAUAAAUGAAGACCACGGAAAGAGGAAAGUCCGGCAGGCAGUUGGGAAUCAGUCGGACUCUUCCAGACCACUGGGCACUCCAUAAACUGUACAAGGAGAAGAGACUCAAAGAAGGAUACGGGUACUCACAUUUAAGCUAGCACACCUUGUCUGGAACAGACUGUAUGAAGAGACCAGUAAAAGGUGUGUAAGAUGACUAUCCUUGAGUAGCUGAAAUGUCUCCACCGUAGAGUACCUAACUGUAAAUGAUUACUGUCUGCAGAAGACAAUAUACCAUCAGAAACAUUUCAUAGAGCCAACACUCCACCCAAGAAGUGGUUGCACUUCAUGGGCUGGAAGUGACAUUUUAUCUCAAAUUUGGUCAAGACCUUGUUGUCCCUCAUGAACACCAGUGGACUAUUUGACGUUCAUUUAAUGGAACACUUUUAAGUGCAUUUGAAAAGUUAUAUUUUACAGAGGAUUAAAAAGUAGGAAACUUGUUGUGGCUCAGAAAUUUUGCACUUAAAGUGCAGGUCGUUCAAGGAGACAACCAUCUUGAGGGAUGGAUAAAUAUGCAUGAGAAUGGUUUGGACAGGAAGUAUACAAUGGCCCCUUUGCAGAAUGGGGCCAUUUUUGACAGCGCUUCAGAUCUUUCCAAAUCUCCCCCCUAUUUUAAACAAGGCAAAUGAAGUAACCCACCUUCGUCUAUACAUGUAGGGGUCACUGCACCAGUACUCAGGAUUUCCUAUUUCUUUUGGCGUUUGACAUAUCCACUUUAUGUUAAACUAAACCCAUUGUUGCCAGGGCAAUUCGGCACUGUCCCACGGAAAUCGGAACUGUGGGCAAGAUAAAGUGCCUCAGCGAUGUGACUGCUUUCUCUUUUUGUAACAGUGCAGAUGAUCUAACUCCACACUGUGAAGGCAACAGGGACACUUCCGUCCUAAGACAGACUGAAGCGAGAAUGUUCAGGUCUUCACACUCCCACUAUUGCAGCUAGCCAGUCAUAUACAUCCAUGCCAAGCCACAUCCACACCUCUUUGGACCACAGAAUAUUUGUGCUGUCUCAGUAAAACUGUUACUAUUGGCAUAUAUGGAAAACAGUGGAACGCAAGGCCUAAGCCUGUUCUAAUGACCCGGACUGUUCUACUCACUAAUGACUUGUGCCAAUACCGUGAAGUAUUAUUAAGGUUUACAAAUAUCUAGAACAUUACUGCUUGCUGAGUGAUGCAAUGAGGCAGCACGGGGGGUGCACAAGGACACAAA